AUGUCUGUGGUAGGCUUUGAUGUGGGUUUUCAGAACUGUUACAUCGCUGUUGCCAGGAGCGGCGGUAUUGAAACCAUUGCUAAUGAGUACAGUGACAGAUGCACUCCGGCCUGUGUUUCUCUGGCGUCUAAAAAUCGAACCAUUGGAAAUGCUGCUAAGAGUCAGAUGAUAACCAACUUUAAGAACACAGUUCAUGGCUUUAAGAAGUUCCAUGGUCGAGCAAUUGAUGACCCCUUUGUUCAGGGGGAGAGAGGCAAGUUACCUUACAGCCUUCACAAGUUGGCCAAUGGCAGCGCUGGAGUAAAGGUUCGGUACCUGGAUGAGGAUAAGGUGUUCACUAUUGAGCAGGUGACAGCCAUGUUACUCACCAAGCUGAAAGAGACUUCUGAGGGUGCUCUGAAGAAGCCUGUGGUGGACUGUGUGAUUUCUGUCCCCAGCUUCUUUACUGAUGGAGAGCGAAGGUCUCUAAUGGAUGCCUGUCAGAUUGCUGGACUGAACUGCUUGAGACUGAUUAAUGAUACGACAGCAGUGGCUUUGGCCUAUGGCAUCUAUAAGCAGGAUUUGCCAAACCCAGAGGAAAAGCCGCGUAACGUAGUGUUUGUUGACAUUGGUCACUCAUCUUACCAAGUCUCAAUUGUCUCCUUCAACAAGGGGAAACUGAAGGUGUUGGCAACAGCAUUUGACCCAUAUUUGGGUGGCCGUAACUUUGACGAAGAAUUGGUGGAGCAUUUCUGUGAAGAGUUUAAGGGUCGCUACAAGUUAAAUGUGAAGGAGAACCCUCGGGCCCUGCUGAGGCUUUACCAAGAGUGUGAGAAGCUGAAGAAGCUCAUGAGUGCAAACUCUUCAGAGCUACCACUUAACAUUGAGUGUUUCAUGAAUGACAUUGACGUCUCGGGGAAGAUGAAUAGGAGUCAUUUUGAGGAGAUGUGUGCUCACCUUCUGAUGAGAGUGGAAGCACCACUGAAAGCAGUUCUGGACCAAUCAAAGCUAAGCAGAGAUGAGAUCUAUGGUGUUGAAGUUGUUGGUGGAGCCACUAGGAUUCCAGCCAUUAAAGAGAGGAUUUCCAAGUUUUUCUUUAAAGAUAUCAGUACCACCCUUAACGCAGAUGAGGCAGUGGCACGAGGAUGUGCACUACAGUGUGCAAUCUUGUCCCCAGCUUUCAAGGUCCGUGAGUUCUCCAUCACUGAUGUGGUGCCAUUCCCAGUCACUCUUCGUUGGAAGUCUCCCACAGACGAGGGUGUAGGGGAGUGUGAGGUGUACACAAAGAACCAUGCAGCACCUUUCUCCAAAGUCAUCACCUUCCACAAGAAAGAGCCUUUUGAUCUGGAAGCCUUUUACAGCUCUCCACAAGAUUUGCCGUACCCAGACAGCAGAAUAGGCCGCUUCACUGUCCAGAAUGUUAUGCCCCAGCCUGAUGGAGACAGUUCAAAGGUCAAAGUGAAAGUGCGUGUAAAUGUGCAUGGCAUCUUCAGUGUGUCCAGCGCCUCUCUGAUUGACAAGCAGAAGGGAGAGGCAGAGGAUGUGCAGAUGGAGGCAGAACCCACUGUUCAGAAUGAGAGCAGGCCAGAGGACCAGACUAAAAUGCAAGUGGACCAGGACAGCCAAGGUGAGCAACCCAAUGAAGAGGGGAAAGCAUCAAGUUCUAAUAACAAGGAGGGAAUGUCCUGUGAAAAACAAGAGCAGGGCAGCAGCAAACCCAAGACAAAGGUGAAGAGCAUUGAUCUACCCAUUCUGACCAACACCAUCAGACAGCUAGACAGAGAUCUGCUGAACAGCCUGGUGGAAGAGGAGAGGAAAAUGAUUAUUCAGGACAAGCUGGAGAAGGAGAGGAAUGAUGCGAAGAACGCUGUGGAGGAGUAUGUGUAUGACCUGCGAGACAAGCUGUGUGGAAUCUAUGAGAAAUACAUCACUGAAGAUGAGAGUAGCAGACUUACUCUAAUUCUUGAGGAUACAGAGAACUGGCUGUAUGAGGAGGGAGAAGACCAAGAAAAACAGAUCUAUCUAGAUAAACUGGCUGAGCUCAAAAGGUUUGGGGAACCCAUUGAAGAGCGUUAUAGAGAGCAUGAGGACAGGCCACGGGCUUUUGAAGAACUGGGCAGGAAAAUCCAGCUGUUCCUGAAAGUUGUAGAGGCAUAUAAACAGAAGGAUGAGAACUACCAGCAUUUGAAUGCUGAGGAGAUGAUCACUGUGGAGAAGAGUGUGAAUGAGGCCAUGAGCUGGAUGAACACCAAGAUGAAUGCUCAAAGCAAACUCUCCAUCGCUCAGGAUCCCGUCUUGAAAGUAGCAGAGAUCAUUCAAAAGAUUCGGGAUCUAGAGGAGGUUUGCAAUCCUGUGGUGAACCGACCCAAACCGAAAGCUGAAGAGCCAGCAGAGGACAACGGGGCUCACAAUGGCCCUGCAGCAGGACAAGGGGCAGAUGGCAAGGGCAGCCAACAGACAAAAAACCCUGGAGAAAUGGAGGUGGACUGAACAUCUGCCUCUCCAGCCUUCCUGUCAUUCUCGCUGACACCACCAUCAGACCCUCACAAGUGACUCUGAACCUGUAGCCAGUACCAUUCUCUCUGUGUCCACAGCUCAGUUGGCUGUAUUCGCACGUCUGUUUGUUUAAGUCUGCUCUCCUAUCGGUUUUCUAUUGUACUUGACAGUUUGGAGUCAGGCUAUCCUUUGAAUGUUACAGCUAUGUGUGAAAGUAGAUGCAGGGUUAGACAUCCACAAUAGCAUCAUAUAAAUUAGUUGUAGCUUAAGAGUGGAAACAAUGCUGCCACUUUCAACAAAUCGUACUAUUCCUAAGACAAUGUGAUAACUGCAUUCUGAGCAAUCCAAAGCGCUAGUUCUCUCAAGAGGUGAAUUGUAUUGCACAUUAGCCUGUUCCGAGAACAUGAAUAAAUUAAUGCUUGAUCAAUCGUUAAGGUUGAAGCAACAUGAGCAAAUAUGUAUGCAAUGAUACAUAUAUAUAAUAUAUACAGUAUAUAUUUGUAUUUAAUACAUGAAUUUCAAAAGGAUGUGUGUUGACUAGGACCUGUAAAUAUUAUUUUAGUAAUUUGAAUUUAUCAGUCAAUAGGUGUGUAUAUAAGGGUACAGUCCUAGUGUUGAAAUCGUGAUGCUUCCAGCUCCACAUUGUCAUUUAAAAAUAGAAUAUAAUGAGCUGUUUAUCUCCUUUUACCUUUCAUGCAUUUCUCCAUAUCAAGUGAUGAAAUUUGGCAAUGGCGUCUAAUAAAAGCAACUUCAUGAUCAAA